AUGACAUCCAUAGCUCCCAUCCUACUGGAACCUCAUCUUGGGGAGCUGGGGAACACAAAACGAAAGCCUCGCAGCGAUGCAGCCACCGGAGUGUCGGCAGCAGGUGUUCGCGCUCUCAGUGCCCAAAUGGUAGCCUUCUACUUUAGGGCCCCGAUCAAGGCAUUUUUCCGUACACGUGUUGAAGCCGUGAAUCCUCGUGUUGCUGAUGGCAAAUGGUCUCUUCAUACAACGACCCCCGGGUUGCUACUCCAUGCCGUUCGAACAUACGGCUGGCGCUUUAUUCCCAACCAAGUGUUACCACCCUUGAUGGCAAAUGCAGGGGUUGGUGCUGUUCUUUACACAUCUUAUCUGCAGGUCUUGGGGACUCUCCAUGAACCUGUAUCACAGGGAGCCAAGCGAGUCUGGCCCCCAGCCCCUCCUUCUGCAACCUUCACCGCAGGGUUCACUGCAGGGACAAUCCAGUCGAUCAUCGCUGCCCCACUGGACGCCUUGCAGGUUCGCCUUCAGACGAGCGACAUGCUAGAGGGUCAAUACCGCAGCAUGUGGCAUUAUGGCCACCAAAAACUCAAGCAGAUUGGCCUUCGUGGAGUCUUUGCGGGCUGGAGUCUCUCCUUUCUGCGUGACUCCCUUGGCUAUGCAGUCUUUUUCUCGUCGUUUGAAUACAUCAAGUCACAAUCCUACUAUUCUUUCGUGACUUGGUACUAUGGGUCUCUGCAAGCCAACCGUGUGGACCUGCUUGCUUCUUCCGAGGUGAGUGACCGUGGUGUGCCGCUUAUCAAACCGCACUAUGCGUUGGAACCUUGCUUCCUUAUGAUGGCUGGUGUCGUGGCAUCGAUCGCCCAACAAACAAUCCAACACCCGUUGAGCAUCAUCCAAGAUCUUCAUUUGGGUCGGCUUGAGUAUCUGGACCAUCAAGCCAGCCUCACCCCCUCCCGACAGAGAAUGAUGCAAUUAUAUUACCACGCGUAUCAGGAAACAUUCAAACGGUGCAAGCGCAAGGCGGCACGGGUUGGGGGUGGCGCCCGUGGCUCUUUCGGGGAUUCCUUGGCACCGCCAUCCGCCAAGUUCCCAGCACUAGCGCCGAAAGACCUUCAAGAACCUCGCAUUUCUCGGGCACCGCAGCCCGUCACCGCCAUCAUUCCUUCAUCCUCCUCCGCCUCUCACAUACCCCUCCGAUCGCUACAACCACACCCCGACGUAGGAGACUCCAGUGAGAAGGGCAGUCGACCGUCUUCUCGCUCGUCUGCUCGCUCGGCCGAGUCUGGCUUUUCCAUUUGGUCAGACACCGGUGACCUUGCCGAGCAGUCAGCCGUAGACGACCCGUUGCACCAGCAUCUCGAUUCCGCGGAGCGAGAGCUCUUGGGCCGAAGCGGGCGUAGAAAGCCCAAGCACGUACAUUACUCCGCAGGCUCCGGUCAACACCGCCCCGAGCUCGACAUCGAAAAGAUCCCCAUCCCCAAUCCUCGACCACGCAAGAUUUCAAGAGCCGAGCGUGUGCUGGCAGUAAUCAUGACGCCUAGAAAUGGAUCAAAUGCCCAACACCUGGGCCUGGUCGGAAAACCACUGCUGCAUGUUUAUUUUACAAGCGUGUUUGUGUCCCUGGGAGUCUUUCUGUUUGGCUAUGACCAGGGUGUCAUGUCAGGCAUUAUAACGUUGGUGUCCAGCCCUCUAGGGAAAAUCCCCAGUGAUUACUUCAACCAGCCAUCUCGGGCCACCAUCGGAACGGUGGUUGCUGUCCUCGAAGUCGGCGCGUUCAUAUCCUCCCUCCUGGUGGGACGGGUCGGUGAUGUGAUCGGUCGGCGGAGGACAAUUCUCUAUGGCUCGAUGGUGUUCUUCAUCGGCGGCGCCCUGCAGACAUUCGCCAACGGGAUCCCGAUGAUGAUGGUCGGGCGUGUCAUUGCUGGACUGGGCGUGGGCGCGCUUUCCACCAUUGUGCCGGUUUACCAGUCAGAGAUAUCGCCUCCUCAUAACCGUGGAAAACUUGCGUGUAUCGAGUUCACUGGAAACAUAGCCGGUUAUGCGACCAGUGUCUGGGUUGAUUACUUUUGUAGCUUCAUCGACAACGACUACUCCUGGCGCCUCCCACUCCUCUUUCAAUGCGUUAUGGGUGCGUUGCUUGGCUUUGGCAGUUUGAUUAUCUGCGAAUCCCCAAGAUGGCUUCUUGACAAUGAUCACGACGAGGAAGGUAUGGUGGUGAUCGCCAAUCUAUACGGCGAAGGUGAUCUGCUCAAUGAUAAAGCUCGCCAAGAAUACCGGGAGAUCAAGAUGAACGUCCUUGUCCAGCGACAAGAGGGCGAGAGAUCCUACUCAGACAUGUUCCGCCGGUAUCGCAAGCGCGUUCUCAUCGCCAUGUCGGCCCAGGCUUUGGCCCAGCUCAACGGAAUCAAUGUCAUCUCAUAUUACGCGCCCCUCGUGUUCGAAUCGGCUGGCUGGGUUGGCCGGGAUGCCAUCCUCAUGACGGGAAUCAACGGCAUCUCAUACCUGCUUUCUACCAUACCCCCAUGGUAUCUCGUGGAUGGAUGGGGCCGACGUCCAAUCUUACUUUGGGGUGCGGUGGCCAUGAUCAUUUCCCUUUCACUGAUUUCAUACUUCAUCUACAUUGAAAUUCCUGCCACCCCGACCUUAACCGUCAUCUUUGUCAUGGUCUACAAUGCAGCGUUCGGGGCAUCCUGGGGCCCCAUCCCAUGGCUCUACCCCCCGGAGAUCUUACCUCUGAGUAUUCGAGCCAAAGGCGCAAGUCUGAGUACCGCUUCAAAUUGGGCAUUCAACUGGCUUGUGGGUGAAGUGACACCCGUUCUUCAGGCAGCGAUCAAGUGGCGGUUAUAUUUGGUUCAUGCAUUCUUUUGCGCAUGCAGUUUUGUGGUUGUCUAUUUCCUAUACCCUGAAACAAGUGGUGUUCGGUUGGAAGAUAUGAACAUGCUGUUUGGCGAUGCUUCCACUGCGAUGCCCACGCCUGCCACGCAAGGCGAACGAGGAUCGCUGAUUGGGGCAGGAUCGCCUGUUCCCUCGCUUGACUUGCGGCGGCCAUAUGGUCAAUUUGGAACGGACAGUUCUAUCCCUGGUCUUGACAUUGAUCCACCCAGUCUCAGUCCUGAUCGGAUCAGCAAACGUGGACGUUCGGAUUCCCAGCAGAGCGGUGCUCGGCGUGAGGGACUCGGUGGCUGGAUUUCUGGUAUGGUCAAUCGAAAGGCCGCAGGUCCUGGUGCUAGCAAUCAGUACCGGCGACUGGAACAAGGAGAGGAAGAUGAAGGGUGA